AUGAGUGAUGAGGUCGCUGCCGCACCGGUCAGGAAGAAGAAGCUUCCAUUUAAGCCGACGGCUUUGCGCAAUGUGGCGCCACUAUCACAACCUACCGUCUCCGUAGAGGAGAGCAAACGAAGCGAAAGCAAUGGUGACGAUGACCUGGAUCUGUUCCGCCAGUCCAGGGAAAUGGCACCCAUCGUGGCCGCCGACAGAGAGAGGAAGCUUAACAAGUGGAAGCAAAAGCAGGCGGAGGAAGAGCGGCGCCUCUCGGAUAUCGCAGACAAGCAGCUCUUGGAUUCCGACAAGGAAGAGGCUUCACACGCUCCCGACGAGCACUCGGGUGCGAUCGAGGAAGUUCAGGCGACUCCUGUAGACGACUCUUUACCGCCGGAUGGAGACGGCUUCAGCAGAGAGCUUGCUACUCCUCCUCCUUCGAAGCACUCGAGAGUUGACUCUGGCCAGGGCUCGAGGUCAGCCAAACGACGCCGGUCAGCCGCAGAAUCUUUGGAUGAUCCCUUUAACGAUUCCCCAUCGCAGCGGUCAAUACGGUCAAAUUCCAAGAUACACACACCGAGCAAACGCCCUAGGAAAGAGUCUGUGACGCCGAGUAGUGCGCCGCUAGUCUCAAUUGAUUCUGAAUCUGCCUCCGACUCUGAGUCUGCCUCUAAGGAUGGCUUCGACUCCGGUGACGAGAACGACCGUACCACUGGGCCUGAUAUGUCGUACCAACGGGACGAUAGCGUCGAGUUCGUUGGUUCGGGUAUCAUCGGCGCACAGCCUCUUGAAGUUGUUCCAGAAACUCAGACGACAGCAGAGGUGGAAGAAGAUGACGAUGAAUUCAGCGAGUACGUUCGCAAGGCCGAAGAGCAGCGCGCCCGCGACAAGGACACCAUGCAAAUGGAUUCCGAGAGAACCGCAAAGAAGGACGCUGCAGCCGACAUCAUGGUCAGGUCCAAUAUUCCCAACACCAAAGUCGCCCAUAUAAAAUACCAGUUUAACAGACAGCUUCGCUUGAUACGGGAUAGUUGGAUUGCGCUUCAACGUAGGAAGGGCGUACAGCUACCAAUCAACACAGACGACGACAUUAUCUUAACCUGGCAGAGGAAGAAGGUGUACAAUUAUUCUUCCCUGCUUGGACUGGGAAUCAGGCCGCAAGGCGACGGCAAAAUCAUCGCCAACGAAUACAGCAAAGGGGGUCUACAGGACGAGCGUACAAAGGUCGUUUUGGAAGCAUGGACCGUGGAAAGUUUCCGCCAGUGGGAGCUUGAGGAGGAGAUGCGUAUCAAGAGAGAGGCUGGUGAGUUAUCGGAGGAAGAGCCGACGCAGGAGCAAGAGGACAAGCGGGCCAAAUUACGCAUCAAGCUCGUCGCCAAAGACAUGGAGGUGGUCAAGCUGGGUGUGCUGCAAGAAACUACAGUCGAGACGCUCAUAAUUGGAUUCCGAACCCAGAGAAGUAUUGGAUCAGACAAGGAUGUGGGCAUUUGGUUUGAUGGCGAGAGACUGGAGGAGCAUCAAACCAUGGAGGACGCUGGUAUCGACGACAUGGACACGUUGGAGGUACAUAUCAAGUAG